UGUCUGCGUCCCGGAAGAGCUUUGCCCGGUGCCUGAAGUGGAUCUGCGGUUGGUUGACACCGACGACGACUGCCAACCGGGAGCAGUGUGCUGCGACGUAUCCAUGGAAACGUCACCCGUGGGGAACGUACCCAAGAGUCAGUCAAUCUGCGCGACUGCGUGCGUAUUGAACGAAGACCAGUGUUCGAGCGACUAUCUGGACAACGAGUACGGCGAAGAUCUGCUCGAUGUGCGGCUAAUGUCCGACGAGAUCUGUCCCGCCGGCUACAUCUGCUGUAAGUCCGUGGAGCCCUCGAUCCAAGCAGUGUGCAAUGGAACGUGCGUAGCGAGCGGCAUGUGCACCAUGUUUGAAUCCUCUGGAACCGUCGGGUGUACCGGGGGCCAAGUGUGCUGUCGGAUGAACCGAAACGUGUGGACAGGACUCAUAAACGAGAUCAAUGCGAUCGAUCACCCGGGAAGCGGUGUGAAGCUGCCCGAGACCCGCUGUGGUGUCAACGGUUCCCCGCCCUGGUUCGUAUCGGUUUGGGCACGGCUGGAAGUUCUGCAAGGCUUCUUCAGUCACCGGUUCCUCUGCGGUGGGGUACUGGUUUCGCCAAAAGCCGUGCUCACGUUGGCCAGCUGCGUGGGCCGUACGGCGUCCAGUGACCUUUACGUGAUCCUCGACAGUAACUAUGACCUUGUGAACCGGUUUUCGAUUCGGGACGAGGAUACCCACACGAUCGAUAACGUGAUCCACCACGAAGAUUACGACCCAGCGACGGAAGCAGCGCCCAAUAACGUCGCCCUGCUUCGACUGACGGCAGAAGUGUGGCCACAGGGUGGUGAAGAGUGUUUUGCAAGGUUCACCACCCAAGGUGAUCCCCUGGGCGAAUGUUACGUCUUCGGUUGGAACAAGGACGCUUACGCAGCGGGCUCCAAAAGCCCCGUCAGAAGCUACCCAACGAGGUUCAACGUGAAUGGAUGCGAUCGUGGUACGGUUUGCUUCGAACCCGGAGCCAACUGUGAGGAUCGUUCGAUGCAGGGUUCAGCCGUCGUUUGUGGUGAUCGCCGCCGGGGAGGGAAGCUACACGCGCUCCUCGUUAACAACUGCACCGGUUUGGCGGUGGACCAUCUGUCGGCUUGGAUUCGGCACCAGGAAAACCCCACCUUCGUGCAGAUGCCUCAACCACCGGUUCCCUCACGUCAAUACCUUCCGCUGUACGGGAAGGGAAAAUAA